GCUGGCAGCAAUUUGUGGAGUGGAAGAGCCUGUGCUGCCAGUGAUUUAUCCGAGUCUAUCCUUCUGAACGGUGCUAUUAAGCUUUCCAAUCACCAGGGCGAUGGCUAGUGCAAUCAGUCUCAGUUCAAUUCCAGUACCAGGAGUGGCUGUGCGUCAGCGGCGAAGUGCAGAAGCUGCUACCCGCACAAGAAGAGUGCGGACGUGGCUGCUCUCGCGGAAUGCUGGCGGAGCGUCGAUUGGUGAUUGUUCUCUGUGGGCACCCGCUCAUGGUGGGGAGCUUGUGCAUGCAGAUCCGGAUCCGGAUCUUGGCUUCGCCACCUACGCUGUCCAGUUGAAGGUGGGGCUGGGUUCUGGGAGGUGGAGCAUGCGAUCCCGAUGCCGGUCAAGGGGAGUCUGCCUCGCGACCGCGAAGUCUGGAGGUACUGAAGGCGACGAGGGGAAGAGGCAUCGUCUGCGCUUCUUGCACCGCUUUCACGCGAACAGAGCUACCUACGUUCCUUCACCAGAGGAAGUGAGAGACGCGAAGACUGGGGAGAAGGAGAGGGGGAAACACAAUGUGUACCAUGGUGUGCAAGAGGGUGAGACCCUGGAGAGCAUUGCUAGGCAGUUCGACAUUCGGCAGGAGUUUUUGGUCGAAGUCAACGAUAUUCCGGACCCCACGAAGUUGUCACCGGGUGAGGUUCUGUGGAUUCCACACGUGUACGAGGUGAAGAGGGGUGACACGAUAGAGAGUAUUGGAGACAAGCUCGGCGUACCGGCGUCCAAAGUGCAGGCCAUAAACGGCAUUCGUGAUACCGAUCGGGAUACCGACUCGAUAUCUGAGGGGGACGUGCUGGUUAUCCCGUCCACGAAGCACGAGAGCAAGGGCGCGGCGGAAGGACGCGAAAGCGGGAGGGGGGAAUCGCGCGGGGAGGGACUAGGAGUGGAGGAGGGGAGGGAAGGGGAAGGGCGAACGGGGAUGGGAGGAUCGACGGCUUCCACGACGGGGACGACGGGUACAACAACAGGGCACGGAGAAGGGGGGGGGGAGAGGACUUCGACGACAGGGACGACGGGAAGGGGUACAACACAGCAAGGAGGAGGAGCUGGGGGAGCGGGCGGCGGUACGACCAAAGGAGGGAGGGGAAAUGGAGGGCAAGGAGAAGUGGGGUCUGCAGGGCAGGGAGGAGUAGGGGAGGGUGGAAGUGGAGAAGCGGGACGGUCAACAUCUUCGACGACGGGGACGACGGGUAGGGGAUCCAGUCUCAGCACGGGGGGAAGGGUUAGCACAGGGCAAGGGGGAGCUACCGGCCUUGGAGGACGGGAAGAGGGGUGGGUUUCUCCAACCGCCACUCCGGGUCUGGACAGGGGAAUGGGGCGGGGAGGGGAGGAGGGUGCUGCAGGUCUAGGACGAGGACAGGCAAGCUCUGCAGAGCUCGACCUGGGACCGGGCGGUGUACUGCUCGACCUGGGACCGGGUGGUGACUCUGACCAAGGCGAAGAAGGUGCUUCGACUAUAUGAAGGGACUCGAAGCUCAGCUCGACCUAUAAGUCUUUGUGGUAUUGAUACUAUUGAAGCUUAAGACAUCUGCACACGCCACAGUGCAGUUGUGAUGUCCACUUGAGAGCACACCUGUGCUCAUUGCGAGCGUCGGUUUGAAUACGGGCCAGGAGGUGGAAGUAUGCAGCGGCUGGUUCUACUUCCAUCCACAUCGUUUCACCGUCUAGUAGCGUCAACGUCCACGAAAGGUGAUCGCUAUGAUGAAGGUUUGAGGGAGGGAAGAUACGGUACGCACUACCGUCUUCCCUCAUGACGACUGUAUCGGACUCGAAAAAUAACUUGUAUAUACGCACAUUAACAGGGUGCGUUGUUCUCAGGGGAAGCUCGGUAGAGGGAGGGUUGCAUAAUGCAGGAUGACGUUGCAGCUCGAUGAGGAUUGGCUGUUUGACCAGCUUACUCUAGGGAGAAUCGGUACUAGGUCCUGAUCUUGUGCUCCACGGGGUUGUGGUCUUGGCUCUUUGAGCCUCUUUCUAGAGGAAAGAUAGGUACUAGGUCUUUGUCAUGUGCUCCACUGAUUCAUAAUCUGAAACCGCAUUCAAAGGGUACCAUACACAACACAACGACGAACACUCGUCGAAGAGGAAUACGAAGGUCCAUAACAGUUGGGCCCAUAACAGAUAGGCAGGUCUUUGUCACGUGUUCCAAUUUCGUUCAAGCUGGGUCCUCUGUCCUCUUGGGGAUCUCCCCCCGUCCCCGGCCAACCGCUGCACUUUUAGUAGCAAGGAGCAACGCGCACAUGAUGCAGCACAUCAUCAUAACAGGUGGUAUCAGAGCUCAUAACAUAGGGCAACAACGAAACUAAACAAAGUCAAAACGUAGGAUAGGAUAACUAGGAAACUAGUUAACUUAGUGUACAUCUUCAUCGUAUACUCGCCGGAGGUUUUGUCUUGGUUGCGCGGGAGAAGCAGACCGAACUCCUCGAGACUGUAUUUUGCGACAAUGCGGCUUAUGAACUCCGAUGAACUCAUAUGAACUCCGAAAUGUGACGCACGAGUCAUUGUCAUUGCGGGAAGAGCUCUAAGAGAAAAGAAAAGAAAAAAAGAACACGAAGAAGCGAGUUGUGAGAGAGGUAUAUCGACAGAGGGAGGUUAAGAGUUCGGAGCAUGAAUUGAAAAGCGGGGGGAUAUAUGAGUCUACCGAGAUCGCUGGAAGAGCUCAAAUCUCUUACACACCAAUCCAGAAGAGGGAGAAGAGUUCGAAGACAGUGAUCACCUCACCUCGCGGUUGAUUCGUAUGUGUUUUGUCCAGAAGAGGGAGUUCACUGCGAAAUGUUGGCGUGAAUCCGCCGCGGAUCAUUGAAGACAGGCUGGCUUGGAAACUGAUGUUAGCUGCUAGUAGUAAGAUUUCUCCUCGUUGCACAGGGAAGCAGCUCGCUACGGUACUUCGCGAACUGAAACGUACGUCU